CACCAGUCUUCACGUCUCGGCCAUUCUCUGGAUACCACUACAUCUUUUAUUUUUGCUUGUCGAUAUUCUUUAGACGCUUUUUCAAGAUGGCUCCCAACCGCAUCAUCAUCGACACUGACCCGGGCGUUGACGAUGUUCUGGCGAUGCUUCUUGCCCUUUCCGUCAACCCUGACGAACUCGAGGUUGCCAUGAUCUCCGUCACAUACGGCAACGUCGAACUUCAGAGCUGCCUCAAGAACGCGGUUGCGCUGUUCCACGUGCUGGAGAAGGAGUUGAUCUGGCGCAAGGAGAACGGCAAGGCCGAGAACUUUGGCACCCUGAAGACGCACAAGCCCAUCAUUGCCGUUGGCGCCGAGCACCCCCUGGAGGAUGACCAGCUCAUGGCUGACUACUUCCACGGCGUCGACGGCCUGCACGGCGUGCACACCGAGCACCCCCACCUCGAUGCCGAGGAUACGUGGAAGAGCCUCUUCCACAAGGACUCGGCCACCCUGGACCACGAUCCCUCCCCCUACUCCAAGUACUUCACAGCCUCCAAGGAGCCGGCGCACAAGGAAAUCCUCCGCCUGCUGCGCGAGAGCCCCAAGGACACGCUCACGCUGAUCGCCGUUGGCCCCAUGACCAACUUUGCUCUCGCCGCCGCCGAGGACCCGGAGACCUUCCUCAAGGCCAAGGAGGUCCUCGUCAUGGGCGGCGCUGUGAACGUCGAGGGCAACAUCACCCCCGUCGCCGAGUUCAACACGUACGCCGACACGGUCGCCACGGCCCGCGUGUUCGCCCUCACCUCGCCCUGCCCCAAGUCCACCAUGCCCCCGCUCUCCCAGACGCGGUCCUCGCUGCCCGCGGCACGCGCAGCUCGAGGACAUUCGCAUCGAGACUCGGGCAGUGGACGCGCGGCAUGCACGUCGUGGACGCCGCACGCGCGCAAGGUCGGCGAGGCGUCCGUCGAGCUCAGCGCGUCGACAACCGAGGACGUCGACGUGCUGACGCUGGCCGACGCCCCCGGCGACGACGACGGCUGGCUCAACGUGACCAAGGGCAACAGGAUCAACAGGAUCAUCCAGUCGCCAGGUGAGGAUGCGUUUGCUGAGUACCUGAUGAAGAGGGUUUUCGCGUAG